AUGGCGUCUCCUCUCCAAACAUGCCAAAAUGCAACUAUAACACAAACCUCACCUACACCACUAUCAACCCUUCCCGUGCUGGAAAACUUCUUCCCCGGUUUCUCAAUCAUCUCCAUCUUCUUUUCCAAAUACCUCCAUCUCGAUAUCAGCGCAUAUCUGUCUCUCGUAUUCCUCCUCGCGACGGUAGCAGCAACCAUCCGUCUACGAGUCGAGAACAUCAUUGAAAAUAUCCAGAGCUAUUUCACAUCGACGAUCGAAGUUCGCAUGGACGAUGAAGUGUUCAACUAUCUAAUGUAUUGGGUCUCUCGCCAGGGAUUUUCCCGCAAAUCCACGAGAGCAGUGGCCAGUACCAAGACACGCGCAAAUUCAUAUUACUCCGACGGCGAGGAUGACGACGAUGACAGCGACGAUGAAUCUGACAAGGACGAAAAGGAGUUUGCAGAUGCUUCUAACGAUUUUGAUUCGUAUUGGUCGCGACGCGUGAAUAAGGAUAAAAUUAAACCACUACGCAUCACUCCCGCGGAGGGUAUUCACUGGUUCUGGUUUAAAGGGUAUCGCAUCAAGCUUCGUCGUGAGCAAGUCGAGAAGAGAACUUAUGGAUGGGGAAUGCCCGCUGAGAAGCUUUACGUUAGUUGUUUUGGGCGUAAUCCGGACGUCCUACGACAAUUGCUCCUGGAAGCGCAGCGUAUGUAUGUUGACCGUGAUGGGGACAAGACGAUUAUUUAUCGUGCGCAGCGAGAUGGGACUACGGAUUACGACUGGACGAGGUGUAUGGCGCGACCUCCUAGGCCGUUGUCGACGGUUGUAUUGGAUGAUGCGCAGAAACACGCUUUCAUCUCUGAUAUCAAGGAAUAUUUGCACCCGAGAACGAGGAGAUGGUAUUCCAACCGGGGUAUUCCUUAUCGAAGAGGGUAUAUGUUUUAUGGCCCACCGGGAACGGGGAAAUCGAGCUUGUGUUUCGCGGCUGCGGGUGCGAUGCAUCUGAAGAUUUAUCUGAUCAGCUUGAACUCAAGAACGCUGAAUGAAGAGUCGCUCGCAAGCCUGUUCCAGACUCUACCACGCAGGUGCAUUGUCUUAUUGGAAGACGUUGAUGCAGCGGGUCUCGCGAACAAGCGUUCUGAUAAACCCAACAAUGAUCCCAUCCCUCCUAUCAGACCAAUAAAACCCGAAGACGACAAUGACGGUCCCAGCACUGGCGACGGUCCCAGACCCCCGCCAGGAGACUCAACGGACACCAACAAAAAAGACGAUGAUUCGAACAAAGGCAUCUCACUUUCAGCAUUACUCAACAUCAUUGACGGGGUAGCCUCCAGCGAAGGUCGGAUCUUGGUAAUGACCACAAACCACAUUGAGAAAUUGGACCCCGCGCUUUUGCGUCCUGGAAGAGUUGAUUUGAGCAUUGCGUUUGGAUACUCAGAUCGUGACGCUAUCAAGAAUCUGUUCCUGGCUAUAUAUGCCCCAUUGGAUUGCGAAAUGCCUAAAUCAUCGUCUUCUGCAGCGGUAUAUGGGCAGAAGAACACACCCUCGCCAUCACCACGGCAUUCGCCAGCGCCGUCAACAUCAUCUACAACAAAACCAGCAUCAUUAUUCUUUGAAACAUUCACCAAAGACGAAAUCGCCGAUCUGGCGGAGAAAUUUGCCGAUGCAGUUCCCGCCGGUGAAUUCACUCCAGCUGAGAUACAGGGUCAUUUACUUCUCCAUAAAAAGAAUCCAUUGGAUGCUAUUGAGGAAGCUGAGAUUUGGGCGCAGGGACUUAGAGAAAGAAAGAAGGACCGGAAGGAGAAGUAAAGCUUCCUCUUAAUCGUUUGUCUUUUCUCUGAGAUGGCAUUAAAAUUGUAUUAUACGCAUGACAUUACUUGCAUUAGUUACGAAGUUAUGAAAUGAAAUUAAUACUUAAUUUGGUAGCGCAGAUCGUUAGAUCAAUCUACGAAUGGUGUUUUCCAGAAGCC